CCCUUACGGAAAUUUACUGGCUCCCGCAGCCUGCUGCCGCAGCGCUGCCGCAGCCUGCUGCCGCAGCGCUCUCACAGCCUGCUGCCGCAGCGCUCUCGCAGCCUGCUGCCGCAGCGCUCCCGCAGCAUGCUGCCGCAGCGCUGCGGCAGCACAUUGGAAUUUAUCAUGCAAAUUAGGCUGCCGCAGCGCUGCCGCAGCCUGCUGCCGCAGCGCUCCCGCAGCAUGCAAAUUAGGCUGCUGCAGUGCUGCCGCAGCCUGCUGCCGCAGCGCUCCCGCAGCAUGCAAAUUAGGCUGCCGCAGCGCUGCCGCAGCAUGCUGCGAGAAGGCUGCAGUUAACCGCAGCACUGUCGGAGCCAUUUCACUCUGGGACUUGAGCUGCGGUUAACUGCAGCAAUUGCAGAGAAGGCUACCAUUGGCCUGAGGUUUU